ACUCAGCAGGUUGGGCUGCGGUGGCGGCGGCAGCUGGGAAGCUGAGGCGCUGCGUUUGAGAGGAGGUCCCCGACGCGCCUGCGGCUCCUGCUCUGCCACCUUCCGCCUCUCUCACCAGAGUUUCCGUGCCGGGUGUUUGCAGAAGGCAAGGGCGCUCGCCUUGGGAAUCCCGAGCACCCCCGUGGCUGCUUCCGACACCGCCCUCUUUCCUCUGCCAGCCGCGGGCCUCGCUAGGUGGCCAGGCAACUCUGCGGGGAGGGGGCGGCGACGGCUGCCGUGUCUGUGGAGACUUCCUACUCUCCAGCCUUGCUCCUCCGCCGGGCCCUGCAGGGGCCGAGAGAGCUCGGCUCCUGUCCUUCCUCUCGCCUUUUUUUUUUCCCUCCUGCCCGUUGGAGCAGCGUCGGUCCGGGCGGUCUCUGGACUGAGGAGGCGGCAGCUCCUCCGGCUCCAUCAUGUCCGCGAGCGGAGACUUCGGGAAUCCGCUGAGGAAAUUCAAGCUGGUGUUCCUGGGGGAGCAGAGCGUUGGGAAAACAUCCUUGAUCACCAGAUUCAUGUAUGACAGUUUUGACAACACCUAUCAGGCAACAAUUGGCAUUGACUUUUUAUCAAAAACAAUGUACUUGGAAGACCGAACAGUACGAUUGCAAUUAUGGGACACAGCAGGUCAAGAGCGGUUCAGGAGCUUGAUUCCUAGCUACAUUCGUGACUCCACUGUGGCAGUUGUUGUUUAUGAUAUCACAAAUGUUAACUCAUUCCAGCAGACUACAAAAUGGAUUGAUGAUGUCAGAACAGAAAGAGGAAGUGAUGUUAUCAUCAUGCUAGUAGGAAAUAAAACAGAUCUUGCUGACAAGAGGCAAGUGUCAAUUGAGGAAGGAGAAAGGAAAGCCAAAGAGCUGAAUGUUAUGUUCAUUGAAACUAGUGCAAAAGCAGGAUACAAUGUAAAGCAGCUCUUCCGACGUGUUGCAGCAGCAUUACCUGGAAUGGAAAGUACACAGGACAGAAGCAGAGAAGACAUGAUUGACAUAAAACUGGAAAAGCCUCAGGAGCAACCAGUCAGUGAAGGAGGCUGCUCCUGUUAAUCUCCCAUGGCGUCCUCAGCCCUUCUCCAGAAGCUCACUGCUUUGACCCCUUACUCUUCAUUGACUGCAGUGUGAAUAUUGGCUUGAACCUUUUCCCCUCAGUAAUAACGUAUUGCAAUUCAUCAUUGCUGCCUGUCUCGUGGAGAUGAUCUAUUAGCUUCACAAGCACAAAAAAGUCAGUGUCUUCAUUAUUUGUAUUUUACAAAAAGCCAAAAGAUUUCAGCAUAUUCCAGUGAUAACUUUAAAAAUUAGAUACAUUUUCUUAACAUUUUUUUCCCUUUUUAAAUGUUAUGAUAAUGUACUUAAAAAUUAAUGGGAAUCUCAAACUAUGAUGUGGCUUGGUUAAGGAGCAAUAUGUUAAUAGCAGUACUUGCCUUCCUGCUUGAUCUCACCCCACUUCGCUCACCUCUCCCAUUUCCAAGUCCUUGUUCCACCCUUACUUCCUCAAAACAAACAAGAGGUGACAGCGGCAGUAAGACCAAGCCCAUUGGAAUUAUCCUUCAACUUUAGGAAAAUAACUUUCUGUAGGCCUUUUGAGCCAAAAUGUCCAAAAUAAUUCUUGAGCACUGAUAGAUACUACUUAGACCCCCUCCGAGGGCAAGACUCAGCUAUCAUGAUAGGCAGUGCUUGAAUAAGAAAAUGGUUCUGAUGCAUAUUCAAAAUGAGUUGUAAUAAAUAUACUGAAUACUUACAAGUAGA